AAUAUAAUAUUUAUAGGUGGAUAGAGAUGUCAAGAAAUCCUGACAAGAAUAAUAACAGAAACAGCCAUAGCAUUAGCGAUGGCGAUCAUGAGCCUAUUGCAAUUACCAAGAACUUCAACGAAUGCUCUGCCUGCACUCAGGUGGGUGUCCCUGUUUUCCACUCCAUCCGCUCUGACUGUAACCUUCGCCGCCCCAGCUGGGGCCCUUUCGGGAGAGUUUCGGACCCACGAAGCAAGCGCGUGCUGAGGUGGAACCGUGCCGUCUUGCUGGCACGUGGCAUGGCUUUGGCCUUGGAUCCUCUGUUCUUCUACACGAUUUCCUUGAGCCCGAGUGGUGCCCCAUGUUUCUACAUAAACGUUGCGUUGGCUGCUAUCCUCACCGUUGUUCGCACGUGUGUGGACUUGGUUCAUCUGUGCCAUCUCUUGCUCCAGUUAAGGCUGGCGUACGUGUCGACCGAAUCUUUGGUUGUUGGGUGUGGGAAGCUGGUGUGGGACGCACGUGCGAUUGCAUCUCACAACCUGCGUUCCCUGAAGGGUUUCUGGUUGGAUGCUUUUGUAAUACUUCCGGUUCCUCAGGUGGUAACGUGGUUAGUAGUCCCGAAAUUGCUCAAAGAAGAAGGGAUUAAGCUGAUAAUGACAAUACUUUUAGUAACCUACUUGUUUCAAUUCCUUCCCAAACUCUACCAUAGCAUUUACUUGUUGAGGAAACUGCAAAAGGUCACAGGUUAUAUCUUUGGCAGUGAUUGGUGGCGUUUGCACCUUAAUCUCCUUGCCUACUUCAUUGCUUCUCAUGUUGCAGGGGGAUGCUGGUAUGCCCUUUCAACACAACGACUGGUGUCGUGCCUCCAGCAACAGUACUCAUGUGACAGACCAAGGAUUAACAACUACUCAUGUAAUCUCUCUUUAUUUUGCUCAGAGGGAAUUGGUACUUGUCUUUAUAACCAGUCUCCAGCAACAACAAUUAAUAGGUCAUUAUGCUUGGAUGUCGAUGGGCCUUUCAAUUUUGGGAUCUAUUCGGAGGCACUUCCAGUAUUUUCUAGCAAUUCCCUCGCUCUUACCAUCCUCUAUCCCAUAUACUGGGGCUUUCUGAACCUUAGCACUUUCGGAAAUGUUCUUGAGCCUUCAAGUAACUGGUUGGAAUUGAUAGUCAGUAUUUGCAUCACGCUUGCGGGCUUGGCACUCUUCAUUACUUUGGUUGGCAACAUCCAGAUAAUUCUGCAUACGGUCACGGCAACUAAGAAAGAAAUGCAGCUGAGAUAUCGAGACAUGGAGAGGUGGAUGAAAAGAAGGCAGUUGCCAUCUCAUUUGAGACGGAGAGUUCGCCAUUUUGAACGCCUAAGAGGGGCAGCCAUGGGAGGAUUGGAUGAGAUGGAAUUGAUCAGAGAUUUGCCCGAUGGCCUCCGUAGGGACAUUAAACGUUAUCUUUGCAUAGAUCUUGUCAAGAAGGUUCCUCUAUUCCAAGUGUUGGACGAUCUUAUUCUUGACAACAUCUGCGAUAUGGUCACACCCCUUUUCUUUUCCAGAGGCGAAAGGAUUAUUAGAGAAGGAGACCCUGUUCACAGGAUGAUAUUUAUAGUUAAUGGACGCCUAAACCGUCGCCAAGCGCUUGGUAAAGGGUUCGUAACGACGAGUACUGUGCUUGAAGCUGGUAGCUUUCUGGGUGAAGAUCUCCUAUCCUGGUGCCUCCACCAAACUUUUAUAGAUCGGCUUCCGUCCUCACCUGCAACAUUUGUUUGCCUAGAGUCCGUAGAAGCAUAUGGUCUGGAUGCUUGCAAUCUCCGAUUUAUAACCGAACAUUUCCGUUACAAGUUUUCCAGCGAUGGACUAAUUAAGAGGACGAUGAGAUACUACUCGUCCAAUUGGCGAACAUGGGGAGCCGUCAUAAUACAGUUUGCUUGGCGUCGCUACAGGAUAAGAACUAGGUGAUCAGCAGUAGUGACUACUGAUCUUGAUCCUUUGAUGCAAAAUAGAUCAGGCAGUACUGAGAAUCUGCUCAGACGUACAGGAUGCUGCAAUAUUAUUCAUGUCACUCAGGCCUCAUGAU